GUUACUAUGUUCUUAUCUAGGGCAUUUUUACCCAUGGCUGCGACGCCAGGAUUUAGUUGACUUUCGAUUGAUAAGAAUCCACACGCUACUUUACCGGAUCUGUUCGUAUCUAGAGAGACGAGCACUCCCACCAGCUGGCUACUAUCACCUUCUUCGCCGAGACGAGCGAGAUCAUCUUCACGAGUAAAAGCUAAGCAUCGCUCGAGUGACAGCACAGUCCGAUACAGACAGCAUCAUGCGCUUGAAAACGUUUUUGGCUUUACUCGGGUUGCUGGGUGCGGUAGCAGCGUCGGAUAAAUCUGACAGUCAGCCAAUCAAUUUGGACGAGGUCGUCGCUCCAGUGAAGCUGGACAAGGAUCUGCGCCGAGCCCUUCUGAAAGCCCUGGCCGAUCUCGAAGCCGAAUCUGCCGAGCAGCAGCAGCAGCAGCGACGCGAGGAGAGCAAGAACUCUCAAGAGAAUGACUCCACGACACCGACGCUCCUACGAGCGACUACGCUUCCGGAGAUCGCGAAGAAGGAUUUGAACGGAAACUUCGGUACCAUUCAAAGGACAACCUUUUCCUUCGACGGAUUUCCGGCCGAUGAGGAAAUUCCCAACGAGAACAAGCUGCAAAACUCAACCUUCAUCGAGCUCGAAAAGUACCAGGAGUCCAUUUCUCCGUUAUCAAAAGGUUCUGUGCAAAAGCUGCAGGAGGCUUCGAAAGGCUUCCAAACUCGCGAUGUCAUUUCGUCUGACAAUUCGGCCGGCAUCUACGAAAAGAGUCCUGAACCCGUGGCUGAUCAGGUAGAGGCCAGGAGCGUCAAGGGUUCGUCCGAACCAUUUUCGAUAAACAGCGUGCAGAGUGUAACGCACAAACCGGUAGCACAGCUGGCAGGAAGUCUCGAGAGAAGCGCGAGCGACGGGAUGACAGCGGUGAACUCUCUCGUAACACCGAAACCCACUGCCUCGAGUCUCACGACUCCGCCUGUCCCGGCGCCUCAGUCGACGCUCAAUGCGUCCUCGACGAGCUCCUCCAACGAGAAGCAGCAAGAGACCGAGGAGGUGAAGAUAUUCCAAGCGCCGUUGGUGGCUGCAUUCACUGUACAGCAGGACGAGCGUGGCGUGCCGAAGAGUGUUGUGCCCAUCUACAGGGCCUCUGGGGAUGGACAGGCUCUCACUCUUCAGGAACAACUGGAUUUCAAGCAGAAACUAUUGGAGAAACAGCUUGUUGAAUUACAGCAGCAACAAAUCCAACAGACACAGUUUCUCGUGAGACAACAGCAGCUGUACGAGCAGCAAUUGCGACAGAAGCAACAGCAGCAGCUUUUCCUUCAGGAGCAGGCGAGGCUAAAGCAAGCUGAGGAGCAAAGGAUAUAUCAGCAUCAAUUGCAGCAGCAGCAGCAGCAGCAACAGCAGCAACAGCAGCAGCAGCAACAUCAAAAACAACAGCAAUUUUUCUUUGAUCAAAAUGGUCUCUUCACUCUACAGCCACCAUUCAAAUCAUCCACAGUGCAUCUUCAGCCGAGUGUUUCUCUUGAAGUUCCAAGUGUAGCUCCAGCUCCCGUUUUUCAAUCAAAUUUCCAAGAGCAACUAAGAUUGCAGCAACAACAGCUGCAACUGCAGCAGCAACAAAAGCAGCAGCAACAAUUCCAGCUACAGCAGCAGCAGCAGCAGCAGCAGCAGCAACUACUACAACAACAACGACUCCAGCAAAGCUUUUCUCAAUUCUCCGGAGACUUUCAGCCUCCGGUUAUUCCGAGCUCGCGAUUUAACAGACAAGAGGGUUUCGGCUCGAUCGGCAACUUCGGGAUCAAUGAUAAUCUAAAGAAACUCAAUCAGAAAAAUCAAUACCUGGGAAGCUACAACGGUCAAACGAGAACCGUGCAAGCCUUUGGAGGAAAUACGUAUCCCCAGUUCAGGCAGACGAGGCCUCCGCAGACUCCGGCCAAGCAGAUUCAGCAUUUGCUCUUUCAAUCGGGCGCCGCCGGUGACCUGGGCAGAUUGCAAGGCUCCGGGGGGCCGGAAGACCUGAACAUUGUCUCUAAGGUCCUCGCCCUAAACGUAGGAGCUCUGCCCUCGAAUAGUCUGCAGUUUGCAGCGAAUCAGCAAGUAAAUACGUACGCAAAGGCACCGAGCAGCGCGUGAGCGUCGCGGAUCAGUCGGGACCCUCGAGGAUUUUUAACAAGUCAUGUAAAUCUUUGCGGUAUGAAAUUAAUAAGGUGAAAUCGAGUUCUCUCUUUCACACGCACGCACACUCGUCGCGCACAAUCAUAUGUGCGCCUUAAGAAUAGCUACGUGGCCCCAGGCUUCACAAUCGGCCGAGGUCGCACUUGCUGUCAACAUUAUUUGUAACUACCGACCGAUUCUACUGUAAACCAUCGAAUGCGCCGUUUCAUUAUAGUUUUAAAAGAAUUUUGGUAACGACGCAACGCGACGACUUUGGAGACUCAAUGAAAUAAUCAUUUGCGAGGAUGCAUGGAGAAGGGAAAGAAGAAAGGGGAAGGCCGUAGAUCCGUAAACGGGGAAUCAUGGCAAUUGUAAGAGCAGCGGGACCAUUUUUCAAAUUUCGAUUAUUCCUCGAGACUUUUGCUUUCACUAAUUCACAAGAAGUUGAGCACACGAGGACAAUGAGUGCAUUUGCGAACCAUAACAAACGGUCUCACGUAAUCCAGUGUUGCGUUACAAUGGUUACAGGAGGAAUUCCGUCCUCUUCCGCAUCGAGGCGCGUUCUCGCGACUGGGCCCACUCGCUGUCACAAUCUGCCAGCCAUCACCCUAACGGCCCUUUCCGAUCGUUUACAUCAGUUCCCGUUACACUGUCAACUAAAAUCAAUCCAAGCAAACUCGAGAAUCCAUGUCAAUAUUAGUUUGAGUUAUCUUUGUCGUUCUGAAAAUUCGCUUCGUUAUUUAAUUAGAGUAGCUUUGUUCGCUAGAGAACCCACGUAGUUGAGGAAAAGGUAAAAAGUCCUGGAAAGUCGUGCGCCGCUGCAAGGCUCGGGAACGAAAUGCCUUUGAGAUAAACAAACUUUCCCCGGAGAUACCGCACAAUGCGCAGGCUCGCGUGUCUUCUGGAGUCGGAAUGAGUCUUCGUAUAUGUAUAUGCGCGUCCUCAAUUUCACAAACGUUUGGCAUAGAUUCCCGAUUUCACCCGUUGGGAGUUGAUCGCAUCGGCAACUUGGUAUUCCUUCCGCGUUCCGUCCCCCAGAAUCCGCGAACAUCGAUCGACCAAUCAUUAUUAGCACCUUCGUCUUUUCUAAUGCCAUAAGACAACAAGCUUUGCAGACUCCGGAGAUACGAGAAUGAUUAUAAUGAGUAACGCUAGAGUACCUUUUGUUUUUAUAAGACGUAUAUGUUAGUUCCGUAAGACUUAAAUGUAAUAAAGUUAACCGCUGAGAACGUAGAAAAAUAUAGAAUGUUGAAAUUUUUUGCUUAUAAUUUAUCUGACGCCAAUUUUUCCGCCGACUUCUGUAAAAAUGUCAAUAAAUGUGUUUCAUGAACUUAA